AGUGUCAGAGGAAGUCAGAAAAUUUGUUCAGCGUUUGUAAAAGACGCAAAUUGUAAGUAAUAUUUCGAGGUAUUUCAAGAAAAUUGGAUAGAAUUGUUUGCAAAAGGUAGACGGAGAGUAACUUAAGAAAGCAAAGACAAAGCCAUAUUGGGGCUAUCUGCUUCAUAGACGACAAAGGGACAUACAUAAGCAGUGGCAAAAAAAACGAAGUUUGGCGUUUUCGGCAGAAGCUUGGUUUUGUACAGAGCACAGGGUACAAGCUGAAGCAAAAUUAACAAAGAGUUGGAGUUGUUUCACAAAAUCAAUUGAGAGUUCAUUUGCCUCAGACGUGUGCGUGAACAGCUUGUUAAUUUAGUUAGCGCUAUUCAAACCCUCAAUUGAAAACACGUUGAGGCAGGAGAAGAACUCGCAACAACCCUGUCUAAGUAGUUUAUUGAACUGAGCACGUUUUUUGAAAAGGACAAGCAUACAAGUACAUAAUUCGAUAAGGAUGAGCGCUUCAGCUACUUUUGUCCCAUUAGUUGGAGGUGGUGGUGGUGCUGCUGCGUUGCCUAACAUGAUGUCCAACCUUGCCGUCGAUGAAGGUGCAACCGCAGUGCCUAGGACCCAAACCAAUAUGGCAGUGAAUGCUGCCAUUUGUCGGUAUUUUCAACGGGGAAUAUGUCGUUUUGGGAGCUUAUGUCGCUUUUCUCACGAUCUAUCUGGAGGUGAAGGCAUCAAUGCUAGCGGCAUUGCAUCUGAAUCCACUACCCCUACCACUUCUUCAAAAACUAAUGGUAAAACUGGAGCAGAAUCCCUGAACAGUCGACCAAGUACAAGUCGACAGAAUUGGGCAAAUGCACCAGUGUUUGUGCCGAAAAACUACAGACCAACUCACAAUUCAGAAACCAAUGCUGAUGACCUGACGAACCAUGGUGCAGCUGCCUUGUGUCCAAUGAACGCAGAUGCUCAAAAAUCUUGGGCCGAUGUGGUCGGUGGUGCUCAUGGGGCAUCACGUAUGAGCAUUGUUGAAGGAGCCGAUGCUGAAGCCAUGCUGGAAAUGGUAUGCCCGUAUGAAGGCCCCUGUCCCUACGGUGCAUAUUGUGCAUAUGGCGUACACAUGGAGCUUUGCAAAAUGUGCGACCAAUUCUGCUUACAUCCCAGCGAUCAAACGCAACGUCGAAAACAUAAUCAAGAAUGUCUACAGCAACAUGAACAAGCUAUGGAAUGGUCGUUCGCUAUUGCCCGUUCUAAGGAUAAAACUUGCGGUAUUUGCUUCGACACCAUAAUGGAGAAAGCUGGGCGCGAGAAACGCUUCGGUAUAUUGCCUAAUUGUAAUCACAUUUUCUGUCUGGAAUGUAUCCGAAAGUGGCGACAAGCAAAGCAGUUUGAACACAAAAUUACACGCUCGUGCCCUGAGUGCCGCGUUUCUUCAGAUUUUGUUUGCCCCAGUGCCUUUUGGGUGGAAACUAAGGAAGAAAAGGAUAAGCUGCUCAAUGAUUAUCGGGUAGCGCUUGGUGUUAAAGACUGUAAAUACUUUAAGAAGGGGGAUGGCAAGUGUCCAUUUGGCAACAAAUGUUUCUACAAACAUGCUCUCCCCAAUGGAGACUUGGUCGAUGUGGGUUUACCCAAACGCGCACGUAAAUUACAUCGUGGUUCAAAUGAUUUCAUUGAUUUACUGGAUAUCUACUUGUGGGAGUUUGUUGAACAACGAGACUACCACUGGUUAGACUUUCUUUCUGGCACAAGCGAUGAUAGUGACGAUACUGAUUUCUCUGAGGAGUAAAAAAAAAAUAAAACGGCAAAUACUGCAAUAUUGCAAAUUUAUUCAAUAAUUACAUGAUCGUGUAUUGAGUGAACUUCGAAAAAAGAACCUAUAUAAAAGAUAUCAAGUGAAAAACCAGAAAAAUUAAUCAAGCAAUGAUAUUCUAUUAGCUGAUGUAAAAUCGUUCUAAAGUAUACCUACAUUAAAUUUUCAAAACAUUACCAAAAAAAAAAAAAA